GGAUGUUGAAGAUGUUGAAGAUUUUGAAGAUUUUGAAGAUGUUGAAGAUGUUGAAGAUGUUGAAGAUGUUGAAGAUGUUGAAGAUGUUAAGGAUGUUGAAGAUGUUGAAGAUGUUGAAGAUGUUGAAGAUGUUGAAGAUGUUGAAGAUGUUGAAGAUGUUGAAGAUGUUGAAGAUGUUGAAGAUGUUGAAGAUGUUGAAGAUGUUGAAGAUGUUGAAGAUGUUGAAGAUGUUGAAGAUGUUGAAGAUGUUGAAGAUGUUGAAGAUGCUAAGGAUGUUGAAGAUGUUGAAGAUGUUGAAGAUGUUGAAGAUGUUGAAGAUGUUGAAGAUGUUGAAGAUGUUGAAGAUGUUGAAGAUGUUAAGGAUGUUGAAGAUGUUGAAGAUGUUGAAGAUGUUGAAGAUGUUGAAGAUGUUGAAGAUGUUGAAGAUGUUGAAGAUGUUGAAGAUGUUAAGGAUGUUGAAGAUGUUGAAGAAAUCUAUUCAUCGAGAUUCAAUCAUCGAUCUAUACAAGAAGGGUGUUCGGCAGAA